AACCAAGAUGGCGGACCGGACGCCUGGUGGUGCUCAGAAAGCGAGCGCUAAGGCAUUGCUUGAAAGCAAGCUGAAGUCCUUCAGUAUUGGGAAAAUGGCUGUGGCAAAAAGGACUUUGAGCAAGAAGGAGCAAGACGAAAUUAAGAAGAAGGAGGAUGAGAAAGCUGCUGCCGAGAUUUAUGAGGAAUUCCUUGCGUCCUUCGAAGGCGGAGAGGGCAAAGUCAAGGCUUUUGUUCGUGGAGGACUUACAAACGCAUCAAGAGAGUCAGCAGCUAUAGAGGAGAAGAGGGGCAAAUUGUAUAAGCCCAAGCCACGCUUUGAAGCCAAAAGCUUUGAAGCCAAAAGCAUUUUGCCCUUGGAAACACCCCCACAAUUCCUGGCACUUGACAAAAGAAAUGCCGCGAAGAAAGCUACUGAAAAAGAAAAGAAAAAGAGUAACCUUGAACUUUUUAAAGAGGAAUUAAAACAAAUACAGGAGGAGAGAGAUGAACGGCACAAACUGAAAGGGCGAGUCAGCCGCUUCGAGCCCCUAGGUGUGGAGGGGCGGCGCUCGGUCGAUGGUUCCUCGCGCAGAAACCGUCCCAACAGUGCUUUGGAUGACUCGGCUCCUGGCUCCCAUGAUGUUGGAGACCCCACUACAACCAAUCUUUACCUGGGAAAUAUAAACCCACAGAUGAAUGAGGAGAUGCUGUGUCAGGAGUUUGGGCGCUACGGCCCUCUGGCCAGUGUGAAGAUCAUGUGGCCCCGGACAGACGAGGAAAGGGCACGCGAAAGGAAUUGUGGAUUUGUGGCCUUCAUGUCCAGAAAGGAUGCUGAACGCGCCCUGAAGCACUUAAACGGCAAGAUGAUCAUGAAUUUUGAAAUGAAGCUGGGCUGGGGCAAAGGUGUGCCCAUCCCGCCCCACCCCAUCUACAUCCCCCCCUCCAUGAUGGAGCACACCCUCCCCCCGCCCCCCUCUGGCCUGCCCUUCAAUGCCCAGCCCCGCGAGAGGCUGAAGAACCCCAACGCCGCAAUGCCCCCGCCUCCCAAAAACAAGGAGGAAUUCGACAAGACUCUGUCGCAAGCCAUAGUCAAAGUGGUUAUCCCAACAGAAAGGAAUUUACUCUGUGUCAUCCACCGCAUGAUCGAGUUUGUGGUGCGUGAAGGGCCCAUGUUUGAAGCUAUGAUCAUGAAUCGGGAGAUCAGUAACCCGAUGUACAGGUUUCUCUUUGAAAACCAGAGCCCUGCUCAUGUGUAUUACCGGUGGAAGCUCUACAGCAUUUUACAGGGGGAAGCUCCCACGAAAUGGAGGACGGAUGACUUCCGGAUGUUCAAGAAUGGUUCUUUAUGGCGGCCUCCACCACUCAACCCGUACAUGCAUGGUAGUGCAGAGGAUGAAGAGGAGGAGGAGGAAGAGCAGGAGCCUGGCAAGAAGGGCUGCUUGAAGGAAGAUGAGCGGGAUAAGCUGGAGGAGAUGCUGAGGGGCAUGAGCCCCAGGAGAGGGGACAUCGCUGAGGCCAUGCUGUUCUGCCUGAGUCACGCCGAGGCUGCCGAGGAGAUCGUGGAGUGCAUCACAGAGUCCCUCUCCAUCCUCAAAACCCCUCUGCCCAAAAAGAUUGCACGGUUAUAUUUAGUAUCUGAUGUGCUGUAUAAUUCUUCUGCAAAAGUGGCCAAUGCAUCCUACUACAGAAAAUACUUUGAAACCAAACUAGGUCAGAUAUUCGCAGACCUCCAGGCCACAUACAAGACGAUACAGGGCCACCUACAGUCGGAAAAUUUUAAGCAACGAGUGAUGGCCUGUUUCCGGGCAUGGGAGGAUUGGGCGGUCUACCCAGAUCCCUUCCUCAUCAGACUACAGAACAUCUUCCUGGGUUUGGUGAACCUCACAGCCGAAAAGGAAGCUCCUAUAGUGACUGCAGUAAUACCAGAGCCUGAACCGGUAGAGGAGAUUGAUGGUGCGCCUAUAGGGGAGGAGCUGGACGGUGCACCACUAGAGGAUGUGGAUGGAAUUCCCAUAGACACUGGCGCCCCCAUUAUGGACGUAGACCCACUGGAUGGGGCACCCCUAGACGACUUGGAUGGUGUUCCCAUAAAGGCGAUGGAAGAAGACCUAGAUGGAGUUCCUUUUGAUCAAUCAGCGGCAAAAGCAGCAGCGUUCAAGGUGGCCCCGUCUAAAUGGGAAGCAGUGGAUGAGUCUGAAUUGCAGGCCCAAGCUGUUACAACAUCAAAAUGGGAGAUCUUCGAACAGCCCGAAGAGAAGAAGGCGGAGGACAACAGCGACGAGGACUCGAGGAGCGCCCGCUCGGAAGAGCAGCAGAUGUUCUCCAACCCCACCAGGGACGAGCACAACGACGCCAAGACCAAAAUCUCCGAGAUGAACGAGGAGAAGCGCUCAAAACUGCGCGAGAUUGAACUUAAGGUGAUGAAGUUCCAGGAUGAACUGGAAUCAGGCAAGCGGCCCAAGAAGUCUGGCCAGAGCAUCCAGGAACAGGUGGAGCUCUACCGAGACAAGCUGCUACAGAAAGAAAAGGAGAAAGAGAAACUGGAAAGGGAGAAAGAGAAGGAGAAGAAAGAGAAAGAAAAAACAGAGAGCCGCUCCAAGGACACAAAGAAGGAGAAGGAGAAGGAGGAUUCCCCUCCGGCGAAAAAAGAGAGGAAACGGCGGCACAGCUUGUCUCCCAGCCCUCCGCGGGGUAGCAGCAGCCGGCGGCGGUCCCCCUCCCCUCGCUCGGAACGUUCGGAGCGGUCGGAGAGGUCGGAACGGUCAGAGCGGUCGUAUCCAAAGGAAGUAGCGCGGUCACGGUCUUCUCACACAGACUCCCCACGGUCCACCACCAAGAAGUCCUCCAAAAGGUCUCCCUCAUCUCCUAGAACUCCAAAGCGAUCCCGAAAGUCGCGUUCGCGAACGCCGAAGAAAUCCACCAAGAAAUCCCGCUCCAAAUCCCGUUCCCCACACCGCUCGCACAAGAAGUCGAAGAAGAGUAAACACUGACCUCCCACUCCCCCCCCCACCCCCCCUUCAGAUACCCAUACACCCCACUUCUUAUCCAGAUCCCCCCUUCUCUCGGGACUCGUGUAGAACAGUCAGAGGAGUAGCCCCCAACCCCCCACCUCCCCACCCCCCCACCCCCUCGAUCCCCAAUCCCUUCUGUGCCUGAUCGCCUUGAGGACGUCACUGGGAGAGAUUGACAUUGGUGAUGUGUUUGCUGUGGAGUCCCCCCCUCCCCUCCUCCAGCAGCUGCUGUUUUAUAAUGUACAGUAAUCAUGAGAGAGGUGUGUGUGUGCUCUGCUCUGCUCUGCUCUGCUCUCCUCUCCUCGGCCCGGGCCCCAGCUCCUCCACCUCCCCCCUUUUGCUGGAUCACCUGCUCAUGCUCAGUUAGUGUGUAUGGCCGUAGUCCGAUUUACAUGUGUCAGUUUUGUUGUUUUUUGUAGUUCACAUUAAAGAGGAUUCAUAAGA